GAGGCUGUGGUGGCACGGUGAGCGAAGGCCUGCGAGUUUGUUCUGAACGACAUCCCAGGACUAUCUUUUCUUUUCGUCAGGGAAAUGUAGUGUACUCAAACGAACAAUCAAAUCUAAGGGGGAAAGGAUGGAAUUGAUCCAACAGUUGCUGAUUGUCACUCUUCACUUGAUAAAAUUUUCUCUUGCGCAUCUCCAGGACAGUACUAACAGGUCAACGGAGGAGGCGCUGGGGCCUACAGGGUUGUCCCUGCAGCCCGGACCCGGCGUGUGUGUCUCUGGUCGACACACAUCCUGCUGCCUGGGAUGGAGGAAUGUUAACGGUGCCUGUCAGCCUGUGUGCAGAAAGCCCUGCAUCCAUGGCACGUGCACACGCCCGGACACGUGCACAUGUUCCAGCGGCUAUGGGGGAGCCCAGUGUGAUCAAGAUGUGAACGAGUGUGGUUUCCCUGAGCGUUUGUGUUCCCAUCGCUGCAUGAACACACAGGGGAGCUACCGCUGUUACUGUGAACCCGGCUCCACGCUCAGACCAGACGGACACACCUGCACAGGUGAGUCAGAGCAGACGUAA